AGGUAUGCUCUCUACUGAGUGCCAUUCUAAUCUUUAGUUUGAUCUGCAACAACACACCACAGACUGUUGGGUUGGUGGAAUCCUAAAUAUGGCCAUGUAAUUUGGGGAUUAAGGGAUCUGGAAUGAGAAAUUUACGUUUGGCACAUAAUUUAUACACUAUAACUUAGAAUAGUUUGCUGGAGUAUUUUCUGUUGCGAUUUUUCAUUGCUUAAAUCAUUGUAGUCUGACUCUGUCCUGUGUGAGUUUAAGAGUUUUCAAACCCUCAAUCUAUUACAAUACCCUACACAGUGCUGUGUCUGCCAGUCUACAAACAUUAGACUGGCAAACAAUGCACUGGGGCUGGUGGAUUACGUUGCCCAAUAAUACCUACUUAAUGCGGAUUUGAAGGAAAAAACAAUGUGUUGCCAUCCAGGAGGGUGCUCAGCAGCCUGCAAAGGGACAGAGGUUUUAAUGCUCAAAUAGCAAGUUGGUUUCAUAAUUUAUUAAUAGGCCUCAUGUUGAAACAUUUUUCAGUGAGAUUAGACGUGGUUUUAAGUAGACAAAGAAGACUUGUGGAAAUAAUGAACCAACUCCCUAAUCACUCCAAAUGUGGAGCACCCAAAUCCUGAAGCCAGGACUUCUCUCAUUUCACUCAGCGGUUUGAUUCUACAGGAGCCACCAAAACCGUACACUGACGCUCAUUUGAUUCCUUUCAUGCAGUACAGACGUAUUUCCAAUCAUCAAAUUUUGGGUAAUUUUUUCUACCGGAGCACUGCCAACAAGUUGGGGUCCUUGUUGGCAAGUAUUUGUGCUUCUGUAAUUUUUAACAUCGAUUCUUGAGGGAGAAUGGAUGAAAUCAAUCAGCUGUUAGGCAACAUACAACGUGUCCGAUCUGAAAGCCUCUGCAGCGAUGCCACACAGUCGACGGGCAGCAAGCUGGUUCUGCGCCAUCGGCUUAACCAGCUGUUGACCUGCGUGGAUGACUUGGACACCAAAGAUGAACUGCGUGAGAAAGUGGUCAAGACACUGGAUAACGCCUUCCUCAUCUUUGGCAAGAGAGCCAACACCCCGAAGAAAGGCCGUUUCAGGCUUCAAAUGGUGACGUGGAAUGUGGCCACAGCUGAUCCUCCAGACGACGUAACCUUGCUUCUCCAUCUGAACUCCCCAAAAAGCCCGGACCUCUACGUCAUCGGUUUGCAGGAGGUGUACUCAGGGCCACUGAGAUUCGUGUCAGAUGUUGUAUUCAAUGAUCCAUGGAGUCAUCUGUUUAUGUCUAUCUUAGCACCACGGAAUUACGUUAAGGUGUCCUCUAUCAGAAUGCAGGGUUUGCUGCUGCUCUUCUUCUCCAAACUGCAGCAUGUCCCCUUCAUCAGCAACAUCCAGGCCACAUACACACGUACAGGCAUUUUUGGAUAUUGGGGGAACAAAGGUGGUGUUUCCAUCCGUUUGUCUUUCUAUGGCCACAUGCUCUGUUUUCUCAACUGUCAUUUGGCUGCUCAUAUGAAAUAUGCCACUGAGAGAGUGGAUGAGUUUGAGUACAUCAUGGACACGCAAACGUUUGCAUGUAAAAAAACUCCAAGAAUUGCUGACCACAAUCUGGUCUUUUGGUUUGGCGAUCUCAACUUCCGAAUUCAGGACCACGGCAUGCACUUUGUCCGCACCUGUAUCAACAAUCAAACCUACAACCUGCUGUGGAGCAAAGACCAGUUGAUCAUGAUGAAGAAGAAAGAACAGAAACUUCAGGAGUUUGAGGAAGGCCCUCUGGACUUUCAACCCACGUACAAGUUUGACUUGAACUCUGAUACUUAUGACAGCAGGCUCUACAAGACAUGGUUUGGCUUUAAUGGAAAGAAACGCAAACCUGCAUGGACAGACAGGAUCCUGUGGCGGCUCAGGCCCAAAGACCUAACCUCUGAUAAACAAGAUGACAACUCGGAGGUAGUGAAGAAGGUCAAGGAGCUGGAGGAGGAUGAGGAGUACCCUCUGAGGAUUAGGCAGGACUUGUACACCAGCAACAUGGAGUUUAGCAUCAGUGACCACAAGCCUGUCAUUGGCAUCUUCACACUGGAGCUGAGGAAGAUGAACGAGACUCCUCUCGUGCAUCUGCAGGCGGAAGGCGAAUGGAGCGCAGACAUUGAUGCCAUGGUCCUUUACAGCCCUCUGCAGCCAUUCCCCUCUAGUACAUGGGACUGGAUUGGACUUUAUAAGGUUGGAUUCUCCAGUUUGACAGACUACAUCACCUACACGUGGGUCAAAGACGAUGAGGUGGCUUUCAAUGAAGAAGUCAUACAGGUUUAUGUUAGUAAAGAGGAAAUCCCUGUGCAGGGAGGAGAGUGUGUGCUGUGCUACUACAGUAAUACUCUGCGGGGCAUCAUUGGAAUCAGUGAACCAUUCAAGGUCCACGAGUCCAAGGUAGCCAAUGAGGAAGGCUUGCUACAUGACCAGAUUAACAGACUAGACCAAAUUGUAGCAAGUUAAGGUGUUUGAGACUGAUCUCCAGGAGUCAUAGCUGUGAUAUAGUGUAGAGAUGAAACAGUUUGGGCCUGGAUUUCCUGAACAACGACCAAGUUUUUCAUAACUGUGCUUUUUCACCUGUCAGUGAAAGAGCAGAUUAGGAAAUGCCCCACUGGCCUCUCUAAUGCUACUGGAGUGGCUACUUAACACCCCUGUGGUCAGUACACCUUUUUCUACAACUGGUUCCUAUGGUCACAUUCUCUCUAUGUGUGUUAACCAGAGGCUGAGCUCUGACUAAAGGCAAAGCAGAAAACAUUAAUCCUUCGCCCACUGACUGAAAACCUGAGACUGGGCACAUUACACUGGAAACUUAGACUUAAUUUGGCUUUAGUCGGAGCAAAGAACUGCCAGCUUUAUCUUGUGGGCUAAAAUGUGGUACAACAGUGAAUGUCAGGUGAAAGGAGUGGGUGCAUUCAGGUUACUUAAUGUAGUUUGACCUUUGUAUUUGGCCUGUUUAUCAAAAUGAUCUGCACAUGGAGUUUCAGCAGAGGCUGAGACCAGAGGUGAUUGUAUAUAGAGAUGGGCGACUUGUCUCUACUUCCUCCCCACAGUACAAAAAUGUAACCAAAAUAUCUCAGACACAGAGGCUUCUAUCUUGUGCUGGUGACGUUAACUAAAGCCAGAGUCUGUGCAGUAGUAUGUAGCUGCACUAUCAAGGUCAUGCUGAUACCUGCCCGACCAAUUGUAAAUCAAUCUCAGCAGUCAAUCAUAACAUUUCACCCUGUUUUAUAGCAUCAAUAACUAAUGAAUUUAUCAGAAAAGAAACACGUCAGUGGGAUAAGAACUACCUAAAAUUAUAGAAAUCAUCUUAAGGAACAUUUAUUUGGUGUGUGUUUUGACUUUUUAGCUUGGUCCAUUUCCCAGCUGCUAACAUGGAGGGUGUGUGUGUUGGUAACCUGCAGCCAGCCACCAGGGGGCAAUCAUAAGGUUUUGGCUCCACUUUUAAAAACUGUCAUGUCAUCCAUCUUUAUAUGUGAAGUCAUUGGCUGCGAUAUAAAGCUCAUUCAGCCUGUAAGAGUACUAAGAGUUCAGUUUAGACUCAGAGGCUUUGACUUUUACUUCCAGAUAUUUCAUAUCUUCCCCUGCUAUCAUCUCUAAUUUCCAUCUCAAAGUCACUCCUAAUAACUCCUGGACUUGCCUGAGACUCAUAACAUUUCAAAAUUUUCUUCAGUGUCAAUUGUAAGUCAAUGAUAUUUGUCUGAACACCAAUGGGUACAUCGCAAACAGGAAGUGUUAAUAUCUACUUCAGCAUAUACAUUUUGACGGUACUAAUUUCCCAAAAUGUAAACAAAUUCACUUUCAAAAUAACGGGUUCAAAUUGUAGCCUACAGGUAACUCAUUCACAUCUCGCACUUGAUUAAGUCUGUGGGGGGUGAACAGUGUUAGAUUGAAAAGCCCUGAGCUAGAUGUAAUGAAAAAGUAGUAGGGUAAGUAUGUUGUAGGAUGUGUUACGGCCUGCUGCUUUGUGAGAACAGUUCAAUGCAUUAGUUCAAGGUUAAAGGCUGUGUUAAUGAUCAAAAGUUUGAAAACCUCCAAAUGCUGUCAGAGCUGCCUUCAUGAGGCUGAAGGAAAAGCUGGAAGUUUAAGUAAGUUGAGAACAAACCUACUACAAUGAAUAAAAGGAAAAGGGAAAUGCAAAGUUAACAAAGCCCAUUGGCCAUUUGUGUUUACAAUUGCUAACAAGGUUAAUGCAUUGUUCACUGCUGAAGCAACUGUUCACUGCUGAAUUAGCAAACAUAAAGAGAUGGCUAUCGUUGAAUCACUCUCGUAACUAGUAUGUCUUAACUUAACUUAGGCUUAAGUUCCCAUGUGUUCAGUUGAGUCUGUCCUAAAGCUUUGAAUUAAAUAGGAUUUCCUGUUAAAGGGGAAAUCAGAGCUUCGUAUCUUUGGGAGAGAAUUGUCAAAAAGAACUGGUGUAUUUAAAAUUAAGAGCGAGUCACUGUAUAACCAGCAAAUGUUACCUCAAACUGUUGAAGUUUGUAGAACCACUGAACAUAAAGUUGUUCAGUCACAGAUCUCAUUACCACCAGGGAGCUGGUAGCUCUGUCAGCUGCCAGGAUCCAGAGUCUUAUAAAUGAGGAUUAAAUGGGUCAAAUAUCACGAUCUUCUACAAAACAUGUGAAUCACAGAGAGACAUGUGUGUGACAUUUUAUGCUCUUUGUUGAAUCUUGGCCUACUCUACUUCAAUGUGAGAGGAAACUGAAAUGGCACUUUUGUUUGGUGACCCCACACACUUCAGAGAUUUGACUGACGUGGUUUUAGGUACUCGAUAAUGACUGAAAAAACCUUUUUAAGGAAGAAAUGAAGUGAAAUUCAAAUUUAUGAAGUGAAGAAUUCCUUUAAAAAACGGAAGAUGAUCUAAUUUAAUAUGUUUCCUAUCCUGAAGUGAUUGCUGUGUUUUGAAAGCUGGACCUUUUUGUGGUUUUAAAUGUUUUUCAAUUGAAAUAUUUGUAGGUUAACAGAGUAGGUUACUUUGCUGUGUGAGUGGACUGUUCUAGGAAGAUAAGAAAAGAUGUAUAAGUUUAGAUUUUCUCCUCAUGGUAUUGUAAAAUAAACGUGGUUGCUCCUGGAGAACUUGAAAACAUAGAUAUAUAAAAUAAAACUUUGACUUUUUGAAGAUUGCUUAUGACUCAUUUUCAGCUUGCUGCCUCGUUAACCUACCAGCAUUUCUUCAGUUUUAUAGUAAUCCUCCCGUAGAAGUACUGUUUGUGGCAUCACAGUCAGAUGGACAACUUCAUAUGUUACACUGAUGAUUGUAAUGAAUAAGUACGGACAGCUUUACUCAUUAUUAUUAUUGGUGUGUUUUAAGAGAAAAAUUAGGAUUCAGCAAGUGCCUUUGAAAUGAUUGUCGCUUUACAUUUACUGUACUUUACUAUGCUGCUCAAUUUUGAUACAAUGUGUAUCAUUAAUAUACAUUAGAUUAUUUUAUCAUAACAUGGCGUGGUUUUAGGAGAGCUUUUGGUUUUUAGUAUUGCUGUUCUGAACUUUCCGCUCUCUUUUGCUGAAUGUUACUGGCUUGCUGAAAUGAAUUAUAUUAGCUGUUUAUUUUAUUUUAUUUUUUGAACUAAAGAGAAACAUAUUUUCUCAAGUAGUGAAGUAACGAAAUGUACUGGAACAGAACCAACAAAUGUAUGGUAAAUAUUAAAGUACUUAUAUAUGAUUA